CAUAAUGAUGGCGGCCUGUGCUGCGGUCUGGUCGAGCGUGGGUUUGACUUUGAGACUUUUUCGCGUUAUUCCGGAUUGCAAUGUGUGUCCCCUGUACAAGUUAAAGAGCUCGGUGAACGGCGUAGCAACUUCGCGAAUAGGGAGUUCAUUUGAUGCUUUUCGGACGAUAAAUCGACAUUUGCAGACGAGUAUAGGUCUUCACAGUGAAGAGGGAAACUCGAACGCGGAGGAUCCACAGGACGUGGUCAACGUGGUGUUUAUAGAUCGGUCAGGUCAGAGGAUCCCUGUUAAGGCCAAAGUAGGAGACAAUGUUCUGUACCUUGCUCAUAAGCAUGGGAUUGACCUUGAAGGAGCCUGUGAGGCAUCGCUAGCUUGCUCAACGUGCCACGUCUAUGUGAGCGAAACCCAUUUUGACAGAUUGCCAGAACCUGUUGAAAGGGAAGACGACAUGCUGGAUAUGGCACCGAUGCUUCAGGAGAACUCGCGGCUGGGGUGUCAAAUCAUUCUCACCCGAGAGCUGGAUGGCAUUGAGGUGACUUUACCAAAGGUGACAAGGAACUUCUACGUUGACGGCCAUGUUCCCAAACCUCACUGAGGAAAAAUGCAGAUCUCAGAAUGGGAGGGGUGGAGAGGAGGCAGUGGAGACAAAUGGCACCACAUGUGCUCAUUGAGAGGGUGCCUAUGAAUUCUUGCACAGCUAAGACAGUAAAGCCACAGAAACUCCACUGAGGAUUUGCUAUGGAAGUCCACUACUGAGAAGACAGACUGCAGAUAAGACCAGGUGUGACUUUGACACCGUUUGGGGUCUCAUGGAAUGUCAAGUUCACUGUGAAUUCCAAUAAGCUGCAGUUGGACCUGUAGUGUCUGCUUGGUGUUCCAGGGCAAGAAGAUAGCACUUGACACUGUUUAACCUCAUUUGAUAUAUUUCAUGUUUUUGUUAAACAUUUUUUGGAGCGACUGUCACUCUGCCAGUGUAUGGAACAUUCCUUGUUACAGCAAGCAAACGCACAAUUUUUUGUUUUUUGUCCAGUUUGUUAUACUCGUGUUGACUUUGUACACUUAACUUUUGUUUGUACCAGUUAAGUGUUGGCGUGUCUUGAUGAGGUACCACUUCACCAAAGGUAGACAUUCUUGACUCAAAAUGUCAUGUAGACUUGUGAAGUGACUCAUACAAAGCCAUAGAUUACAAAACUAUUUAAAGGGGCGAGCUGUCUGAACCUCAAAUAGUCAACUCUAAGAUGUCACAAAGGACAAGUUGGCUUUUUUAAACUGUAGACACAUUAUAACUUUUAGCAAUCAAACCUUCUUGCUCUACUCAUCUUCGAGACAUGUCAUGAUAAAAAAGUUUCAUCUAUGAAAAAUCCAUGAGUGCCAAUAGAGUACUUAAGCUCCAGUUUGACUCAAAACUGCACUUUUCUGAACUUUAAAAGUUGUGUUAUUGUGAUUGCUUUCAGACUGCUCUGGCUUCACACGAAAAGCCAACCUUACGUAGCUCUGCAAGUACUCAUUGAGCACAAGCACAAAUAGCAGCAAUCUGCAGGCCUAUACAUGGGUGUAAGGACUAGGCAGAAAGUUGUCCCCCCCCCCCCCCCCCCCAGUGAAAGCUGGCAUUUGUGAGUAGUGCGUUGUGGUGCCACCAGUUCUCUGCUUCUGUGGACUGGGUGUUGGGUAGCAUUGUGGAAACCAGCAGCUGAAGCAUACAUCAGUGAGGAAAGGUUUACAGAAUCAACUUUGUGGAAACAAUGGAUGUCCCGAGUGUAGCACUUGAAGUGGAGUGAGGAACAGAGUGUGUGGGUUUAUGAUUGUCCUGGAUCAAGAUUAAGAUCCAGGCUUUGAAUUACUUCCUGGGCAUGGCCAUCAGAAGUUACUCUGUAGAAGGUGAGACUGAACUUGUAUGGAGACCCACUUAUCUCACCAGUUAUGGUCAUGUCUCUGGAACCUCAGAAUAUGAGAUGUGAGGCCUGUGAUGGAGUCAUGAAGUCACUUGCAGGAGACAGAAGGUCCAAGUCUUUGGGGUCCUGGUGCUUCCUGUCUCCAGGUAUGGUUGUGAGACUGAGAUUAACCGGUGACAGAAGGGAACAACUAGGUGUCUUUGAUACAAAGUGUCUUCAGAGGUUCCUUGGGUGCCACUGGUUUGACUGUCUAAUGAAUAGUUUUUCAGGUAGACCAAGAUGAGUUUUAUCACUUGGUUGUGAGGAAACGUCACUCAACAUUUUGGCCAUGUGGUUAGUUUCCUGGCACUUGAUCCAGCACAAAGGUACCUCAGUCUUGUGGACCCCAGCAGCUGGAGAAGGGCUAGAAGACUCCCACCAUCCACUUGGCUUUGGCAGAUGGUUACUUUCGAGAGGCGGGGCUUGUCUACCUGGAGGGGUAGCCAUCCAGGAACUGUGGCGGUUCCGUGGAGAAGUUGAUGCAGCAAUGCGUGGUGUGAGUGCAUGCUCCGAGACUUGACAUUGUCUUUGUGCAUUUUAUAAUUGCUUACAAGAUACAUUGCUCAUCAUGAUAUUCUUAAAAAUUAAGUGACUUUUUAUUGUGCUGCAUCUGACAAAACGGGCCAAAAUUAAGUUUAAGACAGAUACAUUAUUACAGAUACAUUAUGAGCAUUAUUUCAUUGCUAUUUUGAGCACAUAGAUUUUAAACUCCUGGGAUGGUUGGUUUACUUACUCGGGUUAAAUUCUUCAAACCUUUCAAAGGGAUUUCUUGCAAACAAAGCAAAUGUCAAAGGAGAGCGUCCUUGGAGGCUUGGUUGCCAACAGUGUUUUAAAAUGACUUCAGUUGUUUAAAUAAGCCAACACAUCCUUGACAGUUCUCAGAACUGACAUAAUAUUCUGUUAGAAUCAUCAGCAAAUGACUCCAUUGACCAGCCAAGACCUGAGAGUUGACAAAAAGUCCUUAAUAUGUAGGUCUUAUAUAGGUCUCAGUCUAGGGUAAACAGGUCUUAGCUUUGACACAGGUUGAGAUAAAACAAGAGGUGUCUGCUUUGAAGUUCAUAUGCUCCACGCUUCCGUGGAUAAUAUAAAAUACAUCUACCUAUGCUGACUGUUAUUACUUGUCCAUACGCACAAAUCUUAAGUUAUUCAAGUCUGUUGUGUCAUAGAAAUUCUCAAUAUUUAAAGUGGUGCAAUAAAAUGUUUUAUCCGUCACAUACCGGUCCCAUCCAGCUCUUCUUACGUGCACAGGCAAUGAAUGUUUCCAAUUGCUGAACAUGGAAUUUGGCACCUAGUUGCCAGAGUUAUUUCAGAUAGAAGCAGCUAUCCAUUAAAAGGGAUCAUAAUGUGCACAAACAGUUU